AUACCGCAACUGCCCAGGGUUUGGCAAAUCCAUCAUACGGGGCCAUUGCUUUGCGAGGCCUUCCAAUUGAAACCUUCCAGAAAAAGCCAACUGCGCAGCGAAAGGUAUCUCAGUUUGCAUCCAGGCAUUCGAUCUCCCAGGCACGCCGAAUUUCCGUGCCGCACAUUGAAGCUUUGAGGCAGCGGCAUUCAUUGCAAAAACCCAACCCGACGACAUGACGCUGUUUUCGCCUCACGAUCACUUUUCCGACAGGCACAUGCUGUUCCGAACGGAUGUCCUCAGAUGCAACGGCGCGCAUUUCCUGUUCACGGUGGGGCGUGACACUGCGCUGCCUCCGAUUGAUAAAGUGCCAGGAUACGAUGGUUUCGAAGUAAUCUUAUUCGGCGUCAGAAUCAAGGACGUUCCUGGAAAGUUGGGGAUACAGUGUACUGUUAGCCAAAGUCAAUUGGCUGCGAUUGAGAUUGACGGCUCAAUACUCAGGUCUGCAAACAGCAAGGGACAAGUGCAACUUAGGCCUUACAAUGACGUGACUAUUAAAGAAAGGGAUAGCUUCGCCAUUUCGUUGAAAUGUGUCGCCGAGAGAGACCAUUAUUUCCACAACUAUUACUACGACGAAAAAUUUAAUCAAGUUAAGAUCCCCUACAUCAGUUUCAACAUCACCACGCAAAUGGACGCAAGCAACUUCAUUAUACAUUCCUGCCACAUAAUCGACCGAAGCGGUGUCAGACUCCCCAGCAAGAACACACCUCUUGAACACUUCUUGAACGGAGGCUGGUGUCGCAUGAGUGUUGGAGCUGUCGCCAGCUGCCAAGCAACGUACAAGGGCAGUGAUGCAAUCCGAAUUACCUCAACCAAAGCUGUCCAAGACCUCGGCAGACCUUCGGGUCCUGAGUUUACAAUCAUUGUACGGCGAACUAUUGAGUAUUUCGUUUUCCUGAUGGAUUACGGCAAAGCGGUGGCCAUAGAGAUUGAAAACGUCUUUAGCAUCUUGCAGGACGACGAUCUUAUGCCGCAGUUCUCCGACAACGUCGGCUUGAAACGCGUGGUGCUAACGUCAAUGUUCUGACCGCUGCUAUUCCGCAGUGUGUGCAGGAACUUUUCAGCUGCUUUAACGGUAACUUUUAAACAGUGUUUUUAAACGGCAGAAUGCAUUUCUAAGUACUCAUCCACUGAUCCGAAGCAAAAUAAACGGCUUAUUCCUG